AACAACUUGGUCGUGUAUGGUCUAGAAGAGCCUGUUAAUGAAACCCCUGCAUCACUACUGGAUAGUGUAACUGAACUGUUGACCAGAAAACUGUCUGUGACUUGCGAUGCCAUAGAACGCUGUCAUCGUAUUGGUAUCCCCGCACAAGGUAAAAUACGACCUAUAAUUUUUAAAUUGAUGGACUUCCGUGACAAAAUGCGGAUACUCAAAAAUGUUUCUAAACUUAAAGGCACACGGAUAUUUAUUAACGAGGAUUUUUCACCUCGUAUUAGAGACAUUCGAAAACAACUCUGGCUUAGUACUGCCGAAUUCCGAAGAAAUGGCGCAAAGGUCCGUCUACGUUACGACUACGCUCUUGUUGACAACGACCGAUACUCGUGGGAUUCAACAAAUAGAACGCUGAUAAAAGUUCCUCCUCCGGUUCUUGCCACCGGAUCGAACUGACAGUUACCGAAUAAACCAUUGUCUGUAUUAAACAUUAAUGCUCGGAGCCUUGUCCCUAAAUUUACAGAGUUCUCGUGCAUUGCAGCUUCUUAUUCACCGCACGUGAUGUGUGUUACGGAAACCUGGUUACACGAUGGCAUUCUUGAUUGCGAAUUUACACCUCCUAAUUACAACGUGGUACGAUGCGAUAGGUCUUCUAGAGGUGGUGGUGUCGCGCUUUUUUUUAAAUCUGGUAUUAGCUUUUCGGUUCUUCCCUGUUUACCUAACACAGAGUCUUUAUGGUGUAAGGUGCAGCUUGAUAAGUUCGUUCUUGUUAUCGGAGCGGUUUAUCGCGCUCCUAGUUCGGGCCUGCAAACGAUCUUUGAUAUAUAUGACUACAUUCACAAAUACAAUCUGGCGAAUUUCAAGCUUAUCUUGCUGGGCGAUUUUAAUGCACCCGAUAUAAACUGGGAAACGCUAGUGGUUGGCUGUCGCGACAGGGCCAUUUGUGAUGCUCUAGUAGAUAUAGCUGUGUCAUUCGACCUAGAUCAGGUUGUCAAAACGUGCACCAGAGAUAAUUCUGUUCUUGAUCUUGUUUUUCUAACCCAUAGUAUCGCAAACCUAGGUUAUGACUGCGAGGUGGUCGAGGGAAUUUCUGAUCACAAAGCUGUCCUUGUCAGCCUUAACAUUCGUGUCAAGCGUUCGAACCCUGAAUUCGUCACGUUCCUUGAUUUCAACAGAGCUGACGAUGUGUCAAUUAUUGAUGAACUUAGUUUUUAUUUUGAUGAUUUUUGUGCCAUAAGUCUAGACGCUGAUGUCAAUACGUUGCUUAGAUAUUUCAACUCCCUUAUAGAAAAAUGCAUCAACAAAUUUGUACCUGUUACUAGAAAGAAAAAGAACCCUGCGCACCCCUGGAUUACGAGAGAGGUGCUGCAGUUGAUGCGGCAAACGAAGAGGAGACGUCGUUCAACGAAAGAUAACACAGAAUCAGUUGUUCAUACCUCGUUUGAAUAUCUGAAAACAACCUUGAAAGAAAAGAUGUUAACAGCUAAAACCAAAUAUUUUAAUGUAACUUUGUCUGAAUUUAUGAAAUCAAAUCCUGCCAAAUUUUGGAGAUCUAUUAUUCCAAGAUGUAGUGUAUCACAGAGUUUUACUAUUGAAGGUGAAUCUGUAAGUGAGCCGACAAAGAUAGCGAACUGUUUCAAUGAUUAUUUUAAAUCUGUAUUCAGUCGGCAAUGA